AUGAGUGGCUGGGACGACCUUUAUCCACUUCCAAUGCCGCCCUCCUGGGUACCGGGCGCUGCCGCCGGGAUUGUUUCUUUGCACUUCAUCCAGAAGCUCUUCUUCCCUUACUUUUGGGUUGACCUGAGAUACCUGCUGAAAGUACUGAUGUACGGGCUGAGAGUGGAGAUGUACCAGCUGCAAGGGAGGAUCGUCACCGUCCUGGACAAGUUUGUGAAGCUGGCUGAGAAGCAGCCCCACAAGCCGUUCCUCAUCUAUGAAGGGAAGGUGCACACCUACCGGGAUGUGGACAGGAGGAGUAACAGAGUAGCGCAGGUCUUCCUACGCCACGGGGCUCUGAAGAAAGGCGACACCGUGGCCUUGCUGAUGAGCAACGAGCCAGACUUCAUCCAUCUGUGGUUUGGAUUUGCCAAGCUCGGCUGCGUGGUGGCUUUCCUGAACUUCAAUGUCCGCGCCAAAUCUCUCCUGCACUGUGUCAGUAGCUGUGAGCCCAAGAUGCUGGUUGUGGGAGCAGAUCUGCUUGGGUCUCUGGAAGAAAUUCUUCCUAACCUCCAGAAAGACGUAAGUGUUUGGACAAUGACCAAAGAAUCCACUUUUCCAAGUGUCCACACCCUUUUAGACAAAAUAGAGGAUGCGUCUGAAGACCCUGUUCCAGUCAAUCAACGCUCUGCCAAGAACCUCAAGUCAUCUGUUUUAUAUAUAUUUACCUCAGGAACAACAGGUCUUCCAAAGGCUGCAGUGAUCAGUCACUUGCAGAUUCUUAAAGGAGCUGCUGGACUAUGGGCUUUUGGUGCUACUGCAGCAGACAUCAUUUAUAUUACUCUGCCUCUUUAUCACAGUGCAGCAUCUCUUCUUGGCAUUGGUGGAUGCAUUGAAUUGGGUGCAACCUGUGUGUUAAAAAAGAAGUUCUCAGCUAGUCAGUUUUGGAGUGACUGCAAAAAGUACAAUGUGACUGUCAUCCAGUACAUUGGAGAACUUUGCCGUUACCUUUGCAACCAGCCAGUGAAAGAAGGAGAAAAAAAUCACAAAGUCCGACUAGCAGUUGGAAAUGGAGUAAGAAAUGAUGUAUGGAGAAAUUUUUUAGACCGGUUUGGUGCUGUUAAGAUCUGCGAGUUUUAUGGUGCCACUGAAGGAAACAUUUGUUUCAUGAACCACACAGGAAAAAUUGGAUCUGUUGGACGCACCAAUUUCUUUUAUAAGCUUUUUUUCCCCUUUGAUUUAAUCAAGUAUGAUUUCCUAAAAGAUGAACCAAUUAGAAAUAAGCAUGGUUGGUGUGAGAAAGUUAAGAAAGGUGAGGCUGGUCUUCUCAUUUCCAAAGUCAAUACAAAGAACCCCUUCUUUGGUUAUGCUGGCAAUAAGAGACACACAGAAAAGAAAUUACUCCGUGAGGUAUUUAAGAAGGGAGAUAUUUAUUUUAAUACUGGAGAUCUAAUGGUUCAAGACCAUGAGAAUUUUCUUUAUUUUUGGGACAGGAUUGGAGAUACCUUCAGAUGGAAAGGGGAGAAUGUUGCAACUACAGAAGUUUCUGAUGUCAUUGUAAUGUUGGACUUCAUACAAGAAGCAAAUGUGUAUGGUGUAUCCGUGCCAGAUCAUGAAGGAAAAGCAGGAAUGGCCUCACUUAUUUUAAAGAAGAAUGCAUCAUUAGACUUGGAGCAAAUGUAUAAGCAAGUAGUGACCUAUCUACCAAGCUAUGCUUGUCCUCUUUUUUUAAGAGUCCAGGAAAACAUGGAAAUGACUGGAACAUUCAAACAACAAAAAUUUCGACUGGUGGAUGAAGGUUUUAAUCCGUCUACCAUUACAGAUCCUCUUUAUUUUUUGGAUAAUUCCAAGAAAGCAUAUGUCUCAUUAACCAAAGAAGUACAUGAGAUGAUCUUAUCUGGGAAAAUGAAACUUUAA